AUGAUGAAUUUUUUGCGAUACAAAGCUACAUACUUUGGAAAUGAUAAAGUUGCGCGGGACAUUACACUGGAUGAUUUGAACGAAGAAGAUAUGAAGUGGAUGCUUUCAGGUCUAUUUCAUAUUCAGGACGGAAGAGACCAAAGUGGCCGAGUGAUUAUAUAUCUGUCCAACACGCUGUUAGGAAAAUGCAAGGCUGACACGUUAAUACGUGUUGCUUAUUACAUUUGGUUCAACAUCCUGAUCCCCAUACCUGAAGUCCAAAUGAAAGGGUUAGUGGGCGUCUACUUUGAUGCGUCCAAACCAGGAGAAAAUAUUGCCAUUCCUGGAUUCAAUUCCUUUCUGACAAUCAUGAGCUUUACGUGCUCUCUUCCCAUGCGCUACUCAGCAGCACACCUUUGCGUCAAGGGCGAAGACAAGGGGAACCUUGCUCUUAACAAUGCUAUUCUUGGAUUUGCCAUGAACGCUUAUCCACAAUCCACUCGCUUGCUCGUGGAGUACCAUGACGAGUACGAUGUUGCCCCGCGGUUCAAGAGGCGCAAGAUUGUGACGGAUUUGAGGGAACUCCUGAAUAGUAGAGGCAUUCGAUUUCUACAGCAACGAGGUUCGAAUGAGUGGGAAGAGGUUGAUACCAAAGCGGCAGAGCUGAAGAUUGCCCAACUCUUCCGCAGUAUUCGGAAAAAGAAGGGCCCAAUAUCAUCCUAG